AUGCAGUUGGAUUUUGGUGAAACUGAAUAUAUUCUGAUUUGUGGUUUAAAAGUUGGUCCUUAUGUGGAUUUACUCCAUGACGAAAAAGACGGGGCAUUAAAACGGGCAAUUCCCACGGCAGUAUACAAGCUUGCUGAUAAUAUAGAUGAUUGGAACAGGUUUGCAUGGGGUACGUAUUUCUGGACCUAUACUUCGGGCUUGAUGCGUGGAAUGUUUGAGAAAAUAGAAAAAUUUAGACUAUUCAAGCAGGCCAAUCCCGAAUCCAAGAAAAGGCUCCCCCCGCGGCAACAAAGUCUGGUCCCAGAUAGUCCACCUGUUGUUGUCUCGCCUCCUCGAAGAAAGAAGUACAAGUCGGAAACAUCUUCGACUGAAUCUGCCACAAAUGCUUUUUCCUCGCAACAGCCUGUAGUAGAAAGAACUUAUAUGUCAAGCGACACAUCAACAAGGUCGGUAAAGAAGAAGAAGAAGAAGAAGAAGACGAGCAUAAAGGAAUUAGUGAAGCGUUUACUAGGCAUUGUGGUUGACUUAACUUCUAAAGUAGACCGUAUAUUACAGAAACAAGAUGAACCAGAUACAUGGUUUGGAGAAGAUGAGGAGAUGGUAAAUGAAGGGGAGGAAGAACCAUUUUACCAUGCGGAUGUCGUUCACAGUGAUGCAAUCCACACCAAAAUUGAAGAAAAUCACCAAAACAAGGAAAAAAAGCAGUGGAGAGUCCUGAAAAAGCAAACAAAGACAUUGUGA